CCUUCCUCCUCCGACUAUAAGUAGUGGUCCUGAGCUCCAGACCCCAGUCAGCUUGGACGCCAUCCUUUUUGCACUACAAGAUGCCUCUUCUCCAAGCAUUAGUGAGAUGCAGCAUUACUGCCUUGUUCCUGAGUCUCUGCCUACAACUAGUCACUGGGCAAGAUGAUGAUUACGAUAACCGGAAGCCACUUAUUGUGCAGAUGUCUCCAAUACAGAGAGCUAAAGCAGAUGAAGUGAGUGAAAUCAGGUGUAAUGUUUCAACUCAACUGAGAGAAUGCAUGCCGAUAAAGUUCUAUAUUUUGACCAGCACAAAAGCGGACUGUUCUCCCUUUAAUGAAUAUGAAGCCUGUAUAUGCCCAGGUGACAAUCCAAGGAAUUUCUACUGGAACAUACGCUGCAAAAGUAGUAUAAAUGUAGCCUGUGUGGCUGAUGCUACUGAGGAUGCUAACGUCUGUGAUCCAUACAUCAGUGUUAAGGUACUAAAUGACAGACGAAGUUAUAAAAUCAGAGAGUUCGUUGUAAUUAGCUGAAUUGGAAUCCUGUUCUCCCAUUCUCUGGCUGGUCACUCUGUGGAGAGAUGCCUUGGGGAUGAGAUUCUGAGACCUAUGUGGUCUGUGAAAUAAACACCCUACAAACUUCUCUGCCAGUCUGUG